AUGCUUUGUGAACUAUGUAGAGUUGAGUUUUCAUCGUCGAAUAAAAAGAAAUCCUGUAAAAUAUGUGGCUCAGUACAAUGUUCGAGAUGUUUGAAGUUUAAACUUGAAAAAUUCAAGCCAGUAUGUUUGGAUUGUUAUUAUGAUAAUAAAGGUUUGAAUGAAUCUGAAGAACAACUUUGUUCAUUCGCUUCUUCAAGUCGUGCAUUUCUUGUAGCAUCAAAAUUAAAACCUAAUAAAACUUGUCAUGAAAUUCGCUCACGCAAUGAUCCGAAGACUGAUGAGCUUAUUAAGAGGUUUGAGAACCUUAAGAAGAAUCAAGUCAAAGAAGAUGUCUCUCUUUUAGAAUAUCGAUUCCGACAGCUCAAAGGACUGGCUGAAGAAAAACCUGCUUCUUCUGAAAACUCUUCAUUACCAAAGGCCGAUCAAGUUUCUAAAAUUGUGGAACAGUACAUGGAAGAAGCACAGAUUGAUGCAAAAUGUGGUGUUGAUUUUGGUCUGGACGAUGAUCCCACUGUAAUGGAAAAUUCUCCUUCGUGCUAUAUGUGUGAAGGAGUUGCUGAGUUGUCGUGCAGAGAAUGCGACGAUAAUUUUUGCAAACGGUGUUUCAAUAAGACGCACAAUAAACGAGAGAGAUUCGAACAUCAAACUGGAAUUUGCAAAUAA